CGUAUAGUUCACGCAUGCGUACGAAAGUGCAAUCCGGGAGAGAUUUGUUUCUCCCCAAAUUGACACUUGACGCUGGUUUUCUUAUAAAUAAUAACAGAUAAUAAGUAAUUAAUACUUUGUGAAAAAUGCCUGAAGUUAUCGUUCUGUUCGAUGGAUAUUCUACGAAGUUACCAAACGGAAGCAUGGACGCAAAUUGCACAUGUACUCUAAUAAAAAGCACCAAAUUAAUCAUCGUCGAUACCAUGACAGCUUGGGACCGCGAAAAAAUAGUGCAGGGUAUAAAAACUCCCUUGCACAGUACAAUAUUAAGCCAGAAAACAUUGAUUAUGUUGUAUGUACUCAUAGCCAUGCGGAUCAUAUAGGGAAUAACAAUUUAUUCACAAACGCAACACAUAUUGUGGGCUUAUCAGUUCAGCAGAAUACUAUAUUUUACGAGGAGCCACAAAUUCUGAAUGAAGGCUACGAGCUUUGUCCAGAUGUUAAAGUUAUAGCGACACCGGGACAUACAGCUGAAGAUGUUACUGUUUUGGUAAAAUCCACAAAGGAGAAGAUGCUUUUUGCUGUUACUGGAGACUUGUUUGAAAAGGAGGAUGAUAUUCUGGAACCGUCCAUCUGGAAAGCACUAGGCACGCCUGAACUUCUAAAGACUCAAUCUGUUAUGCGUUCUCGAGUAAUAAAUCUUGCAGAUUUUAUAAUACCUGGGCAUGGUCCAAUGUUUCGUGUUUCGCAUGCUAUGAGGGAGAUUGUCAAGAACCAGAUAAUAGAAUGAGACUGUAAAUCGUUGUUAAUACUUGUUAAUUAAUCGGAGAUAAAUCUGUUAUAUAUUUUUAUAAAUAUUUUAUUAAACAUUGCAAAGUGUCAUACAUGAUAUCACAACGUUAUUGUAUGUAUACAUUGCGAUUAUUACACAUUACACCGGAUUUCACAAACAUAUACAGGGUGACCCCGAACGUUCCAGCCAGACUUUGAGAUCUUAUAGGAAAUUUAAUUCUGAACAAAAAAUUUCCUAUAAACAUGGAUCGAAAAAUGCUUCCUUAAGAAGUUAU